GUUAUGGAUUACUUGAUAGAUUAGAAAUAUUUGAUUUGAUAGAAAAACUUGGAACGGAUAAAAUAAUAAACAAAUCUCCAUUUUCAGCCUCUCUUCCAAUCCCAAAUAAACUGAGAAAAGUACAGCCCUUCAGCAUUAGGACUUGGGAGAGAGAAACUCAAGAACAAAUUUCUAUGGCGAUGCUUUGAUAUUUGAAUCCACCGUAAAUUUUAGUACUUUUUUUUCUUCCUUUAUCCAUUUCCUUUUCCUUAUCAACACGAAUAUUCCAUUGUUGAGUUCUAGCUACUCUAUUUUGUCUCUAACAAUGGCGGCUGUGACUUCAUUGUCCUUUUCGGCAUUGUCCCAUACUUUUGACAGAACACUGAGUGUUUCUUCAUCCCCAACUUUUGCAUCUACUUUCGUUUCUGUUCGUCUGCGUUCGAAUUUAUCCUGUGAUUUCGCCGCCACUGUCAGAGCUUCAAAUUCAUCUAAUACUUUGGUAAUUCGGUGCAUGUCUUCCACCUCAGAGGCCCCACCGGUGUCAGAGACAAAGUUAAAUUUUCUUAAGGCCUAUAAACGGCCUAUCCCUAGUAUCUACAACAAUGUGCUACAGGAGUUGAUUGUUCAACAACACUUGAUGAGAUACAAAAAGACAUAUAGAUAUGAUCCUGUGUUUGCUCUUGGUUUUGUUACUGUUUAUGAUCAGCUGAUGGAGGGUUAUCCCAGUGAUGAAGAUCGAAAUGCCAUCUUUAAAGCUUACAUUGAAGCACUUAAAGAGGAUCCGGAGCAGUAUAGAAAAGAUACACAGAAACUAGAGGAAUGGGCUCGUGCCCAAACACCUGCUUCAUUGGUUGAGUUCUCAUCAAGAGAAGGUGAAAUUGAGGGAAUCUUAAAGGACAUAGCUGGAAGAGCUGGUGAUGGGAGGUUCAGCUACAGUCGAUUUUUUGCUGUUGGCUUAUUUCGUCUCCUUGAAUUGGCUAAUGCUUCUGAACCCACCAUCUUAGAGAAGCUUUGCUCAGCCUUGAAUGUAAACAAGAAAAGUGUGGACCGUGAUCUUGAUGUAUACCGCAACCUCCUCUCAAAGCUUGUACAAGCUAAAGAACUGUUGAAAGAAUAUGUGGAAAGAGAGAAGAAGAAAAGAGAAGAGAGAUCAGGCAUACAGAAAGCUAACGAGACAGUUGCACAAUGCUUGGGAGCAUACUAAGUAUUGUGGUAUUGAUGACAAUAUAUACCAAUAUAUUUCUCAUUACCUGUAGUCCCAAUAUUUUUUGUUCUCAUGUAAUAUUCAUGUCUAUAUAAUCCCCUGCUAUAUGAGGUUGCAAUAAUUGUAACUAGUUAUUUAACUUCUAAAAGGUUUUCACUUGCAAUGUGCUUCUGGAGGAUAUUAGGAUCGAAAGAAUAUAUAUUUCAUUUUAUGGCUCA